AUGCCUGACUUCAAUGGGGUUGAUCUUACUGGCAAGACAGCCAUUGUCACCGGCGCCUCACGAGGUAUUGGCGCCGCGAUCGCAAAGCAACUUGGGAGACGAGGCGCCAACGUCGUUGUGAACUACGUGACAGAAAACAGUCACCAGCGCGCCCAAGACAUAGUCAAGGAUAUACAGCAACACGGAUCGAAUGCCCUUGCUUUCCAGGCAGAUAUCGGAAAGCCUUCUGAUAUUUCUAAACUAGUUCAUGCUACGCUGAACUUUAGCGGAAGCGGAAAAAUUGAGAUUUUGGUCCAUAACGCGGCUUUGGGUGUUGACGCCAAUCUCGAUGAAGUCACCGAAGACUUGUACCUUACCCAUUUUGAUACAAAUGUCAAAGGACCGAUUUUCCUAACCAAAGCUGCCGUGCCGCACAUCCCCCAGGGCGGUCGGAUAGUCUUUGUUUCGUCUGCAGCUGCUCGGCUCGGGGUCGCUGGACAAACUGUAUACGCUGCCACGAAAGCAGCCGAUGAGGCACUUGCGCGUGUUUGGGCCAAAGAGCUUGGUCAGAAACAUGGCAUUACCGUCAACUGCGUCAAUCCUGGCCCGGUGGCCACUGACCAGUGGAACGAAAGCGACGACCAAUUCAGAAAAGACAUGGAGCCCUUGAUUGAGUCUACACCAGCUGCGGCGAGAAUCGGAGAAGUGGAUGAUGUUGCACCUCUCGUUGCAUUCUUGUGUAGCAGCGAUGCUGCUUGGACUACCGGUUCCGUCCUUUGUGCAAAUGGGGGAUUGUACAACUAG